AUGUCGGCUUGAUCAUGUGGUCAGCUGUGUCCAAUCACAGCUGAUCACAUGGGACAUCUACACUGAUCAUCAGAGCACUGAUGAUCAGUGUGCCCUGAUGAUCAGUGUAGCCCCAGCAGUGCCACCUGUCAGUGUCCAUCAGUGCCAUGUGUCAGUGCUCAUCCAUGCCACCUGCCAGUGCCCAUCAGUGCCACAUUUCAGUACCUAACAGUGCACAUCAAUGCCACAUAUCAGUGCCCAUCUGAGCUGCCUUUCAGUGUCACCCAUCAGUGCCAUUCAGUGCCACCUAUCAAUGCCAGUCAGUGCCACCUAUCAGUGCUGCCAAUCAGUGCUGCCUAUCCGUGCCAGUCAGUGCCGCCUAUCAGUGUGCAUAAGUGCCGCCUAUCAGUGCCCGUCAGUGCCGCCUAAC